GGCAGCUCCCAGUCGUGUUUUGGUUUACUUGCAGAAAUCUUCAGAAAAUAAACCUCAUUUAGCAAGAUUCACUCAGUGUAUAUUAGAACAUUUUAAUCACAAAGAUGGCAAGACAGGAGUUCACUGUAGAAUGGCCCAAGACAAGCUGAUUCUAUAUCAAGAAGAUAGUGGGCAUCAGCCAACUCCAGCCUAUGUACCGCUGAAGCAUGCCACGCUAUGUCCAGUCAGUAACAUUAAUUCAGCAGAGAUGAGUAAUCUUCCUGCUGAGAUACAAAACCGAGGCAUAGAUUCUGGUGCUGUUGUUCUCGUCCACACGGCAGACGACAGAGUUCUUCUCACGAAAAGAGCGAGCAGCCUAAGUGUCUUCCCUUCCUUGUGGGUCCCACCAGGUGGGCACAUAGAAGAAAGUGAGACAGUAUUUGAAGCAGGCUUCAGAGAGCUAGCAGAAGAGACGGGUCUACAUCUCAGUCGCGAAGAUUGUGACAGCCACGUUCUUGCGUUGUGGGAGUCCGUUUACCCGGCACUGCUGGCUCGGGGCUUGCCGACCCGUCACCACAUAGUCGUCUACCUCUACACCAAGGUGCAUGUGCCACACACUGAGCUUAUCCCCAUGGUAACUAUGGAUGCCACAGAGGUGGAGGCGGCAGCCUGGAUUCCGCGUCCUGUUAUCGAAGCUAUUGUUCAUGGGCAAACGCCAGAGGAUGCUGUGCUUCCAGACCGAUUCAAGGCCACAGUGUUUGAUGAUCGAAAACGACAAGUAGAGACAGAGUUGGACGCGACUCUGUUAUUGCAGACUAUCCCUCAAACCGGCGACGACGUUGAGCGGAUUAGCAUGGGAACUAAAUUUGCACUGUCUGAAUUUCUCAAUCUGACGUCCAAGAAAUGAUGAGUGAGUGAUUAAUAAUGGUUAACUUAAUAUGUUGGGCUUCAUUUGUUAUUGUUCUGGCAACCGUAUCUGAAUUGUUUAGGCAGCAUGCUCAUCUGUAAUAUAGUUUGGUUCAUCCAUUAAAUCAGUAUUUUAAAACGUUUAUAUUGUUCAUACCUAAAUCACUUGACACAAACAUUUCAUUAACUAAAGAACCAUAUGCGUGUAAAUUAUAUAAAAGAUAUAAAUUAUUAUGAAAUAUAAACAGCCUCACAUUUCGUUUUCUAUAAAUUUUGUUUUCUGCAGCCACGUAGCACUAUGAUAUAUAGUUAGAGCAGUUGGGUGAGCGUAGGUUGUAUGUAAUAUGAACUGUAUUAAAACGUUACCUAUUAUGACAAUUUAAAAUAUUGAAUUCUGAAUUUAACUUAUGUGGAGGCUGACACUGGUGUUUUAGCGGUUCUAGGACAAAUACCCUUCGGACAAUCACCCCCCGAACAAUUACCCCCGAACAAUUAC